AUGGAACCCAGAAACAACACAAGCAUUUCAGAAUUUCUUCUCAUGGAAGUGACAAAGAAUCCAGAACUGCAGACCCUGAUCUUCAGCCUAUUCCUGUCCAUGUACCUGGUCACUGUCCUGGGGAACCUGCUCAUCAUCCUGGCUGUCAGCUGUGACUCCCACCUCCACACCCCUAUGUAUUUCUUCCUCACCAACCUGUCCUUUACUGACAUCUGUUUAAGCACAACCACAAUCCCAAAGAUCCUGGUAAACAUCCACACACAGAAUCAAAGCAUCACAUACACAGGCUGCCUUACACAGGUCUGCUUUGUCCUGGUGUUUGCAAGUCUGGAUAGUUGUAUUCUUUCAGCAAUGGCCUAUGAUCGCUAUGUGGCCAUUUGUCACCCACUGAAGUACACAGUCAUCAUGAAUUCUGGUCUCUGUUUCUUGUUGCUUCUUCUUUCCCUGUUUAUUAGCAUUGUGGAUGCCCUGCUCCACAGUCUGAUGCUGUUGCAUCUAUCCUUCUGCACAGAUCUGGAAAUUCCCCUCUUCUUCUGUGAAGUUGUUCAGGUCAUCAAGCUGGCCUGUUCUGAUACCCUCAUCAAUAAUAUCCUGAUAUAUUUUGCAUCUAGCAUAUUUGGGGGUAUUCCUGUGUGUGGAAUCAUUUUCUCUUAUGCUCAAAUAGUGUCCUCUGUUUUGAGAAUGCCAUCAGCAGGCAGAAAGUAUAAAGCUUUCUCCACUUGUGGGUCUCACCUCUCAAUUGUAUCUUUAUUUUAUGGGACAGCUUUUGGGGUGUACAUUAGUUCUGCUGUUAGUAACUCUUCGAAAAAUUCUGCAGUGGUUUCCAUGAUAUAUACUGUUGUCCCUCAAAUGAUGAACCCCUUCGUCUAUAGUCUGAGGAACAGGGACAUGAAAGGAGCCUUGAGAAAGCUCAUCACUAAACUCCCUAAUUUCCUUUAA